AACCCCGCGAAAAUACUGAAACCUCGCCUUUUCCUUAGUUCAAUUCCCUUCCUUUCGUCCUCAUUCAACUAUUGUUCCUCUCCUCUUGCUAAGCCCUUAACUGAAAAAUAUCGCGUGGUUGCUUUGGCGAGUUCUUCGGCUAUGAAGAUCAAUGGAGGCGGCCUGGCAUUGGCAGCGAUCAUUGGUCUCUCCCUGAUUCUGCUGACCGAGGCAGCCAAAAAUGUCGACCCUUACAAGGUUCUUGGGGUUGAGCGAAACGCAGGCCAACGAGAAAUACAGAAAGCUUUCCACAAGCUUUCUCUGCAAUAUCACCCUGACAAGAACAAAAAGAAGGGAGCCCAAGAGAAGUUUGCUGAGAUCAAUAACGCAUACGAGAUCCUCUCAGAUGAAGAAAAGCGGAAAAAUUAUGACCUAUAUGGAAAUGAGAUGGGAAACUCUGGAUUUGAUUCUGGUUACCCCGGAGAUGAUGGGGGGUAUAGACACUACACAGGAGGGCAGGGCUCAAGUGGAUUUAGCUUUAGGCCAGGGGAAUGGCAGAAUAUGGGAGGGAAAGGAGGUUCCAAGUCAUUCUCGUUUUCCUUUGGUGGUGGUCCUAGUGCUCAGAACUCAUUCGGUUUUGGGAUGGAUGACCUAUUUUCAAAUUUCUUUGGAGAUAAAUCACGUGGGGCUCAGGCUAGCAGCUUUGGUCGCUCAACUAGGUCUCAAGGGAGGUCUCAAUCUGGCUCUACAACUUCUCCUAAGAGCAUCAAGGACAUUAAUUCUCAAGUCUAUAAGAAAGAAGUUAUCGAUCAAGGAAUCACAUGGCUUAUACUGUCAUAUACUCCCUCUGUGAGGGGAACCGAGUAUUAUGAGUCAAUCAUACAGGAGGUUUCUGAUCCACUUCAAGGAGCGUUAAAGGUUGGGAGCAUACAUUGUGAGACUCAGAGAUCUCUGUGCAUGGAGCUUGGCAUAAACCCUCGCAAGGAGCCCAGGGUUUUUCUUUAUACCUAUAAGGAAAACAAUGAGGGUUCUUUGGUGGAGUAUACAGGUGAUUUGGUCCCAAAGAAUUUGAAGGCAUUUUGCCAAGACCAUCUGCCGAGGUUCUCAACAAGGAUAAAACUUAACAAUUUGAAGUCUUUGUCCAAUGGUGGUGGGAAACUGCCUAGCGUUUUGCUUCUUUCCACCAAACGUGAUACACCUGUGAUCUGGCGUGCCCUCAGUGGCUUGUAUCAUAAGCGCUUUACAUUUAACGAUGUUGAGGUCCAUGAUGUUAAUGAUCCGAUGGUGAAGGAGCUAGGAGUGGACCAACUUCCAGCCAUGGUCGGCUGGCUAUCAAAUGGAGAGAAGCAUGUAAUAAAGACAGGUGUUUCAGUGAAAGAUCUGAAGUCUGGAAUUCAAGAUCUUGGCAACGUACUCGAUGGGUUUGAGAGGAAGAAUAAGAAGAUUGCUCCAAAUCAGGGCAAAACCUCGCAAGCUGAGAACAGAGUACCACUGCUUGACGGAUUAACUUAUAAUGAUGUAUGUGGGGAGAGGAUCCCGGUUUGUAUAAUUGGUGCUUACAGAUCUUCAACAGCAAGAGAGAAGCUGGCAUCUAUUCUGUCUGUGGUUUCUCAAAAAUCCUUAUCCAGGCGACCGAACUCAGCAUCCAGCUCUCAGGAUGCCGUCUCCUACGCAAUGUUAGAUGUUGCAGCACAGCAAACGUUCAUGAACGCAUUCGACAGGUAUGGAUUCAAGUCGGCUGACAGAACUUUAAUUGCGUACAAGCCUCGAAAGGGGAAGUUUGCAAAGUUUGAAGGCGAGAUGACUAUAGAAGCAGUAGAGGCAUUCAUAAGCUCCGUUUUGAAUGGAGAAGUGCAGUUUACUAAAAUUCGCCAGAAGCCGGCAAUCAAGUGAGAUGUCGGACACUAUUGGCUAACAAAUCUUUUUGUGGGUAAAUUUUUAGCGAAUGGUGUACAUAGCACAGAAAACUAUAGAAUGCAAUGCAAAUAUAAAAUGGCCAAUUGAUAAAUCCUCUAUGGUCUCGGAUUUUGUGACCGAAUAGUAUGCAAUAGAUAGUGUACAUUAUGUGCGUGGAUCAGGUAAACUAGUCUGCAAAUCUAAUUGACAGGAGGUAUGGAAAUAAGAUCUCGUAGCCAUUUCAAGCUGAAUGAAUUAAUCUCAGCUUGGACGAAAGCCUCCUCACUAAAUAAAGCCUUAGUAACGAUUAAUGGCCCUGAUCUUAAUGCAUUGUAAGAAAGGUGAGUAGGAUGGUUAACCAGUUUUGACCCAGCAGUAAUUAUCUGGUUUAAGAGAUAAAUCAUAUGUUCCUAGAUUUAUAACAGGGAAAAUGCUCGGUUUCUCAGCUUUCAGGACUCGAACCUGAAGUUGCACAAGCAAUUACAUUGUUCGAGUGAAGCAACUUUGUCUUGAGACCGAGAAUUAAAAUAUCAUACCAUAUCAAUGGUUCGAAAAACUCAUAUUAUAGGCUAAAUUGGUAGGCAGUAUUUAACGAUAUGAAAUGGUUGAAUUACAAUAAACUACAAUUUCUAAAUAAAAUACUAUAUAGUUGAUUUUUCCAAUACAGUAUUUCAGUUCUGCUUGAGACAUCUAAGAGAAAAGAAAGAGGCGUCAUUGUAGCAUGUUUCCCCUUUCAUACUUCAGACUUUGUUUUCUCGUCUUUUGUUCUGUAUGUUUUUCCUCUAUAAAUAAUAGCUAAGUUGCUCGUUGUCUUUUUUUGCUUUGCUCCUUGAUUUUAAAGUUUAAACCAAAAUUAGGGGUGUUCAGGGUGGGGAAUAAGUGGGUCGGGUGGGGUUUGGCCUCAAAUUUAUCUACUAGCGGGUUGGUGUAAUUGAUUGUAACCCGUUGCUAUUCACCCACAUUCUCCUUCGAAUUUGGUUGGGUGGGUGGCUGAUAGAUGGGUUGUGAGUCAAUCCGCAAAACCAAAUCUCCAUCUAGUAAUUAACAAAAUUGAAUAACAUUU